GCCCCGAAUGCACGCUCACUGUCUGACGCCGUGACCUAACCAAACGUAACCCUAAGGGUCCUCGUUUAAUACAUCGCUUUAUCUCCGUCCGGAAGCGAUAGAAAACGUGUGACUACGUCGCUAAUGUAAAUGGCGAGCACAUUAAUAAUAGUGCGUUAUCUUUGCGCGCGUCUCUCACUGGACGCCUUCACGUCAGGUGGUGCUGUACAAGUAAUGAAGAGGUGAAUCCCCGGUCUACAGUUUUGGGACCUACUUGAGCACCGGCGUCCGAGCGAUUAACCGAGUCAGCGUGGGUUCUCCGUGUCAGUAACUUCUGUGUCAUAAACUGACAUCAUCUCAUCAUGCCUGGCAAGAAAUGAAUCCCGACUCAGCGCUCGGCUCACACAGAAUCGCGCACGGAGAGAACUUUGCUUUGCAACUCUUGUGUGGUGGAUACGGCGGAGGAUCAACAACUUUCCUUAGAAACAGCGCUAGCGUCCUUCCUAUGUCGCUCCGAACCCUUCCAUGUCACCAAUUAUUGUAGCUUUAAUUGGACGAGAAUGUUUCAGAGAUCGUAUUUGCUCAAACUCGGGGAAGACAUCGUUGGUAAGCCUUGAGAAGCGGAUAAUAAAUGACUUUUAUGCGCCCCAGACUCGCGUCCUCGCCAGGUGGACUGUGAAGAGACAGAAGAGGAAUGUUUAUCCGAAAUUUAUUGCCGCUCAGUUUGGGUUUUCUGCCGUUUUUGUUAAGUCACUGUUUCCUCUCACUGUUUCUUCCGUUAUUUCAGUUUGCGAGAGGGGAGCUCCAGAAAUCAUGCUCCCGAACCACAGUGGCACCGCUGGAAGGGAGCUGCCAGCUGCCAUGCCAGUGUAGGCCAUACCCACCGUUACCCCCUCCACCCCCUCCUCCACCACCCCCAAGGCUUCUGGCUCCAACUGUGGCUCCCUCCACUGUAUCCCCCAUAACGCCCUGGAGGAGAGAGAUGGAGAUCUUAGUACUGGGGACAGUAAGCUGUGCAUCUGUGGUCUUCCUCCUCCUGACUGCCAUCAUUUGCUACAAGGCCAUCAAGAGGAAACCCCUUCGAAAAGAAGAGAACGGCACAAGCCGAGGGGAGUACGCCAUGAGCUCACGCUGCAAACAGCAGGUAGUGGAAACCAAUAACACUGGAGUAUAGUGGCCAUGCUAUAGCAAGGCAUGUACAGCGGAACAUUCUGUACCCUACAGCUCCACCAUCUCUGUUUGGGUUUAUGAGAUGGACGCAAGAUAUAGUAUGAAUUUAGGAAUGGUAAACCUCAUGGAUGCCCUUUUUGGGACAUAAAAUGAUGUUUAAAGCAAGUACGUAAUGACUGACAUGUGUAGGCAAGUAUAAGCAGGUUUUAAAGAGACACGGAAACUCUUAGUGAUGAUGGCAGCUGCACGAGUAUCACGAGACUCAACCUGGCGGCCCCCCAGGGGCCCCAUAUUUGAGGACAAUAUACACACCAACAACAAAAUAAACGCAUGCACUUUCUGUUGAAUGCAAUGAUGUUUUAAAAUUCCUGUCUUCUCUUGUCUUUAACUCUGUCUUUGCAGUGUUCCUCAUUAAACAUUAAGGGUUCUCUCACUUCAUGUAGAUUGUGCGAGUGUUUAAUGGUUAAAUGACUGCGUCGGCCCCAUUCUUUAAGUACAAUUGCCAAAUUGGAUCGGAUGAUCCUGCAUUUUAUGUACCAAAUAUACACUGGAGACUCCUAAAAAUUUAUUGUGGUUUGUGUUACUAUGCAAUUGGAAAGGAUUGAGUUCUUGAGUUGCAUGUUUAUGAUACAAAAAAACGCAAGGCUAGCAUUAGCAUUACAAAUGUAGUCUGAUCGCUCUAUACAUUGUAUACAUGCAUUUGUAUACAAGUUUGUCUGAUGGGGUAUUCCACAUGUGAAAGAGAUCUAGGUAACACUUUAAAAUAAGGUGUAAUUUGUUAACAUUAGUUCAUCUUGUAUACUUACAUAAACAAAUAAUAAGCAAUACUUUUAUUACACUGCUUAUUAAUCUUCGUUAAUGUUGGUUAAUAAAAACACAGUCGUUGUUUGUUCAUGUUAGUUCACAGUACAUUAACUAAUGUUAACAAUCACAACUUGUGAUUUUAAUAAUGCUUUCGUAAAUGCUGAAUGUUGUAGAAGUAUUGUUUAUUCUUAGUUCAUGUUAACUAAUUUAGUUAACUAAUGAACCUUGUUGUAAAGUGUUACUGAGAUCUAAUUAUAAAUGCAUUAAAAAAACAACAACAGGCAUGAUGGAUUAGUUUUAGCGAUGGAUUGAUGAAUAAUUUCAUGUUGAUAAAUAGCUGACGUUAAAAUCUAUACUAUUUUGUCUAAAAAUAAACUGCACCACGAACUAAAUUUGUUAGUUUUUGCGAAUGUUUGGAUGCAUAGACAACAUUAUAUACAGUGUGAAAUAUGGAUAACUCUUUAUUUUAAGAUGAAUAAUUGAUUGAGUAGUUGAGAUUUUAAAAAUCAUAAGAGGUGAGUUCCAUUAUAAAGGCUAAAUCUUUGCCAUAAUGUUUUUAAGUUGGCUCUAGACAAAAGACAUUUCAAAGCAAGUGUCCACUAUUAAAUAUCCAUUAUCUGCCAAUAUCCAAUAUGAACAGAUACUGAUUAAAAAUUGAUUAAUGUUGUCUUAUAACAAAUAUAGUCCUGAUGUAUGGUGCAUCUCUAACUACAGUAGUCAACAACUGAAGUGGAUCAAAACCUUAAUCAAAGUUGUUCUAACACCAAAACAAUACCCGUUUUUGUCUUAGAACAACUUUUUGCUCCACUUCAGAUGUUGACUACUGUAGUUUGGCUUUCUGUGUUACAUUUAUAUGGAAUGUACACAAUAUAAUGGAUGUCCAGUAUCAGUUUACAGUCUUAAAAAUAAAGGUUCUUUAUUGGCAUUGAUGGUUCCAUGAAGAAUCUUGAACAUCCAUGAAAUCUUCCAAAUGAAGAAAAGGUUCUUCAUAGUUGAAAAAGGUUCUUUGUUUUAAAAUGUUCUUUAAAAUGGUUUAUUUGAAAACUGUUCACUGAAGGUUUUUUGGGGGGAAUUCUAUGGCAAAAGGCCCCUUUUGGAGCCUUUAUUUUUAAGAGUGUAUCUUUCAGUAGCCACACAUACAGUUUUAAAUGAAACCAAUUUAAUAUAUUACAAGUGGGAAACAAGAAAUAAAAUGGUCACAUAAAAUUCCAUUUUGAGGUUGAAAUCAUUUAAAAUAUAUAGAUUUUAUAUUAGUCAGUCAUUUCCUCAAAUCAGUACAGUUAAUAUAACAGAAAACAGUGUACUAGUGUAACUUUGUGGUUCAUCUCUUUGGAAUAUUUGCAAAUCAUUCUAGAUUCACAUUAAGUCUUUUUUGGCAACUCUUAAAAACGAAGAUGCUACAAGCUUUUAUGAAGAUGGUUUAAAGCUAUUUUUAAAGUCGCUAAUACUGUGAUCUCAUGUGGGUUAGUGGAUGCUUUAAAGAUGUAUCAAGGUGAUUCAUCAAACAAGCUUAAAGGAUUAGUUCACUUCCAGAAUAAAAAUUUCCUGAUAAUGUACUCACCCCCAUGUCAUCCAAGAUGUUCAUGUCUUUGUUUCUU